GAGUAAAGAAAUGUCUUUAAUAAAUUUAAAUUACAUUAUAAUUGUAUUUAAAAAUUUUAGACUAUUUUUAAGAGGAAAACAUUUAAUUUCACUGUGUGACCAGGCGGCUUAAUUAAAUAGUCGUACCAACAUACAGAAGCUAUCAAUGACAAGUAUCGAGUUUGUAUUUUUCCGUGUCCGUUAAAGAAAGCGCCAACAGCUUCCAACCAAUCAUAAACCAUUUUUUUCAAAUAAUUCGAGCGUUGUUGACGCUUGGCGUAGUAGCGUAGUUUUUAUAGUUUGAUAGAUUUUGAUGUAAAUUAGAAAUUUAAGUCAAAUUUCGAAUUUUGACUAGUGUCAAAUGUUGUGGAUUUUAUUUGAAUAAAAGACUUGGAUUAAUCAGUUUGUGAUAGUUAUAUGUAAUUUUAUACAAAGUAUACAGAGCGCUCUGCGUGUGGUCAUGAAAUUAUAUUUAGUUUUCCAAAGUGGUCUUAAUCUUUUAGAGUUUAAUUAGUACAACAAAAUGUCAACAAGAAGUGGUAGGAUAAGACAAAGUUUAAUUGAAGCAAGCCCACCGCGCACUCGGAAAGGAGUUUCACCUACGCGCUCUCCCGGUAGAACUAGGAAAAGUUCGCCAACAGCACGUUCUGCUCAAAAAUCUCCCUCCCGUAAGUCGCCAAGUCGUAAGCCUGCUCCUAAAUAUCCAGCUCGAAAGUCUCCUUCUAGAGCCGUUAAGGAAGAUAAAGAGGAAAAAGUAUCACCAACCAAAAGGCCAACUAUCAGACAGAAUGCAGAAGUAAAACUACUUAAUAUUUCUUCCAAACUAGAGGUUUUGAAAACGACUCGAACACGACGUUCAGAAUAUAUAAGUGACGACGCGACCUCUUCAGUAUCAAGUGCAGAUCCAUUACUUACGGAUAAAGUAAAUGGUCUAGAUAAUGUGUCCUCACUUCCCAACUUAUAUGAACUGAGGAACAGACGAGUGUCUGAAGAUUCAGGCAGUCGAAGGUCGAGUCGCUUUAAAGAUGUUGUAGACAAUGUGGCAGACAUUAAACGGAGUUUGAGUAAAUCCCAUAGUAAAUCCAUGAGCAAGUCUGUAGACAAUUAUUCAGACGAAGAAGGAUCCGAAGAGCCGAUUAAGGAAAAAUCCCAUUCCGUUACAAGAAAACUCUCAACCCCUCUGCCGAGUUCCACAACACUAUCACAGAUUAAUGACAAAUACGAUUUCAUGGGAUUGAUAGGCUCUUGUAUAUUAUAUUUUUUAAUACCAAUAACUGUAUUCUACAUUCUAAUCUCUUGCCAUAAUUCAUGCUCAUUAAAAACUUUGCAUGAAAUAUAUCCAUACAAGUCACUAUUAUUAUGGUUCAGUCUGCCGACCACAAUUUUGGUCAUUGCGCAAUAUGUUCUUCAAGCUGUUUUAGCUUCAUCACGAAUGUUUGGUAUAACGGAGAUUGAUAAACAGGGUAGGAAAUUCUGUUUUAACGCUCUAUUUGCCGCUGUUUCUUCAAUAAUCAUCUUACUUGUGUUAUUUUAUUACAAUAUUAUUGAUACAAAUAUAGUUCUUAGCUCGUACUUGCAAUUGGCAAGUACAUCAUACUUGAUUGGGGUAUUCCUAGCCGCUGUUUUAUAUUACAAGAGCUUUAACAACAAGGAAAAUUUAAAUUCUUAUGGUAAUUCUGGCCAUUUUCUUUAUGACUUCUUUAUGGGCAGAAAGAUACAUGAUAGAUUUGGGAAGAUAAACAUUAAGCUGUGGUUAGCGAGGACAAGUAAUAUCACCGCACUUAUUCUGACAAUAAUAAUGUUUGAGCACGGAUUUAAGAUACAAGGACAUAUAAGUGAUCUCAAAUGGGAGUCCUUGGAAGGAAUUUCCGAUAUAGUGCAGUUAAAGCCCACCACACUUGUAUACUCUGGGAUGCAAAUGAUAUAUAUUUUAUAUUUUAUUAUGAAAGAGAAACAAAUAACCACAACAUUUUAUUGGCAUUCCGAAGGUUUGGGCUACCUUCAGACAGUAUCGAGUACUCUGUACCCGUUUUUAUUCACAACAAUAUCCAAAUAUGUUAUCGACACAGACCUAUCUAUGCCCUACCAUUUACUACUAUCUGCCACUAUAGUAUAUUCCUUGGGCUUCUUAUUAUUAGUUACGAGUAAUAACAUAAAAUAUGAAUUUAGAGAAAAUCCUCUACAACCCAAAGUGAUAAAUUUAGAAUCAAUGCCCACGUUUCACGGUAAAAAAUUGCUAACGACUCACAUGUGGGGUAGAUUGCGCCACCCGAACUAUACGGGCGACAUAUUGAUACAUACAGCACUUGCGUUGCCGGGGAUACUCUCACGACAGAUGCUGGCCUGCGCCCCGGCUGUCAUCACGGUAUUGGUGCUCGUUCAUCGUUCGUGGCGGGAUCAUAAGCGAUGUAGAAAACGUUAUGGUGCAGCUUGGCACAGAUAUUGCAUGAAAGUACCAUCGAUUCUCGUACCAAAAAUAUUCUAAUUUAUACGUGAAUUCACAUAUACAGCAUAAAUAUUUUUGUGUCAUAUAUUACAUAAUAUGUACCACGCAUUACACGCGACAUGCGUGAUAGAUGGAUGUAUUAUGUAUUACAACAUAUUAUUUUUAAAUACAGUAUUUUUCAUAUCUGUAAACGUAAAUUUUAGAAUAAAAUUAAAUUAAUUAUGAUUUAUUUUAUACUCAAAUUAUGUAUUUUGUAUACAAAUUAUAUUUUAAUUAUAAAUAGGUAUUUUUUUUAAAUAAAAUAUUUGGGUUAUACUUAUUUGCAAAAUUGCCGGACACUGGCAUUUAGCUCUCUAAUGUUAAUGAUUAUUAGGUACAUUAUAGAAAUGUGUCUUGAAUAGAUGAAUGUUGGUUUGUUCAAGGUUUUAUGUACAAUAAUAUACAAAUAUUUGAUGUUGAAUAAAUUAUUAGAUUUGAGACAUGUGUUCAACAAGUUUCGUAAGUUGUUUGAACAAGUCUUAUACAUUAAUGUAAGGUUAGUUUUAAAACGAGUUGUGCCACCAAAUAGUUUAUAUAGCUUUACAUAACAUAUAACAUAAGGGUAUGUUUUAAUGUUGAUGAAAAAUGUGCCUAUAUUUAAAAUUAUUAUAUAUUUUUACAUUUCGGACUUCGCAUUAAGUUCUGCUCAACGUAGCGUACGUUCUGUGUAAUGUUAGUGCUUUUUAUAUUUUUUAAAUUAAUUAUUGUAUUGGCGUAAAUUAAAUUUUGUUAUAAUCAAUUCCAUCGAGAACUCUGUAAGAAUAAAUUUAGAAGAUUU